AUGCAACGUCAUCUACUGCCGAUGCCGCCGCUGCCGUCUUCAAGCGUGUCGAUAUUGGAAUCGAGGUGUCGGUUUAUUCCGAUUCGUUGCUACGAAUAUCGUGGGUUGCUCGUGAAGUACUUCGAUGUCGCUGAAGAAAACGCUCAGCGAUCUGGCAUGGGCUCGAGCGUUGUGUUGGGGGUGGUCAUGUGA